AUGGAUCUGAACCAGAGCGAUCCGGGGUUGAACGAGAGCGUGGAAGCUGCGGGAGGAGGCAGUCAGAUCGGCACGGACGGGUACAUCAUCAUCCCCAUUUUCAGCCUUAUCUUCUGCCUCGGGGUCCUGGGCAACUCCCUAGUCAUCACGGUGUUGGCUCGCAGUUCCCCGCGCAAGCCUCUUAGCACCACCAACAUCCUAAUCCUCAACCUCAGCAUCGCUGACCUGUCCUACCUACUCUUCUGCAUCCCGUUCCAGUCCACCUACUAUUUCCUGCCGCACUGGGUCUUCGGGCGCUUCCUCUGCAAGUUCGUCCACUACUUCUUCACCGUGUCAAUGCUGGUCAGCAUCUUCUCUCUCGCGGCCAUGGCAGUCGAUCGCUACAUUGCCAUCGUCCACUCCAGGAAGUCCUCCUGCAUUCGGGUGGCCAGGCACACGGUCAUGGGGGUCCUGCUCAUUUGGCUGCUGUCUUUGGCCGCCGCGUCGCCUGAAGCUUACUACCGCGUCCUACUGCACAUCAAUGGCCAAGGCCCCUUCUGUUGGGAUUUGUGGACUGUCCUCCUUCAUAGACAAAUUUACAAGGUGGCCACCUUCGUGGUUGGCUACCUGCUGCCUCUGCUCCUCAUCUGCUAUUGCUACGCCAAGGUCUUGAAUCAUUUACGCAAAAAACUACGCAAUAUUUCAAAGAAGUCCGAAUCAUCUAAAAGGAAGACUACCCAGACAGUACUGGUGGUGAUCGUGGUCUUCUGCCUCUCCUGGCUCCCCAGCCACGUGAUCGCUCUGUGGACUGAGUUUGGCAGCUUCCCGCUGACCAAUGCCUCCUACUUCUUCAGGAUAACCGCCCACUGCCUCGCCUACAGCAACUCCUCCGUCAACCCCAUCAUCUACGCCUUCCUGUCAGAAAACUUCAGGAAAUCCUACAAGGAGGUAUUCAGAUGCAAGUUCAGCAACACCUCUCCUCCGAAUGAAGGCAAGGAACUUCGGACUACAACAGACAUUGUGUCAUCUAAUUGCAGCGCUGAUAUGUGA